UACAUACCACUCCGGUGUUUCUAUGCGGCGGUUGACUCUAGGAGAUUUUCCAAAUAUUUAUGACUUAUGGUUAUGGCUACUAGCAGCACCGCGGCGGCCGCAGAGCCUCCUGGGUUAGAAACACAACGGCAAGAAAUUGAGAAUUUAGUCCAGAACCAGGAGCUCCGGCUCGGGGACUGCUGGUAUCUGCUGAGCAGAAGAUGGUUCGAGUUGUGGAACGAGUACGUGAGGAACGGCGAUCAGAACUCCCCGUCGUAUCCUGGGAAGGUUGAUAAUACAGAGCUGUUCGAUGAUUUGGACUCAUACAGGCUGAAAGACAGGUUGGUAGAGAGUGAGGACUUUGUCCUGGUUCCAGCAGAAGCAUGGCGUAAACUGCUGUCAUGGUACGGCAAAAUGGAUGGCCAGCCUGCUCUUGAAAGAAAGGUCAUUGAUCUUCCCAGUACACUGAAAGUUGAGAUCUAUCCUGUGGAAAUCAUGUUGUGUCUGCACAGCGACAUGGACAACGUGGUAACGGCUCAGUUCAGCCGAGCAGACACUAUACUCAGCAUUCAGAAGGUGAUGCAGAAGGAGUUUGGGGUAGCGGAGGACGCUGAACCACGACUGUGGAUGAAAAGCUCUGAUAACAACUGUGAGAGGCUACGAAACAUCCACAUGACUGUGCUGGAUGCCUGUCUCAGCACGGGCGUGACAGUGAUCAUGGAGAUGAGGAAUGCAGAUGGCACAUGGCCCAGCUCCAGACCACAGAUCAUGAGGAACUCUAUGGAGGAGCAGGACAUGUACCAAGGCCAGCCUGGAGUGUGCGGUCUCACUAACCUGGGCAACACCUGCUUCAUGAACUCUGCUCUACAGUGCCUGAGCAACACCCCACCGCUGACGGAGUACUUCCUGAGGAGCCUGUACAUAAACGAGCUGAACUUCACGAACCCUCUGGGCAUGAAGGGUGAGAUCGCAGAGGCGUACGCCGACGUCAUCAAGCAGAUGUGGUCGGGGAGACACUAUUCUGUAGUGCCACGUGUUUUUAAAACUAAGGUGGGCCAUUUUGCGUCCCAGUUCCUGGGUUACCAGCAGCACGACUCUCAGGAGCUCCUGUCCUUCCUGCUGGACGGCCUGCACGAAGACCUGAACCGGGUCAAGAACAAAGAGUACAUCGAGCUCAAGGACGCAGACGGCAGACCAGACCAGGAAGUGGCAGAUGAGGCGUGGUGUAACCACAGGCGACGGAACGACUCUGUGAUCGUGGACACGUUUCACGGGCUCUUUAAAUCCACGCUGGUCUGCCCCGAGUGCAAAAAGGUGUCGGUGACCUUUGACCCUUUCUGCUACUUGAGCAUUCCCCUGCCCGUCAGCACGGAGAGGGCCAUGGAGGUGUUCUUCAUUUCCCUCGACCCUCUGGCCAAGCCUGUGCAGUACAGAGUGAUUGUGCCCAAAGCUGGCCGAGUGAAGGACUUAUGCGCUGCUCUGUGUAAAGAGACCAAUAUCCCAGAGGAGAAGAUGAUAGUGGCGGAUGUAUUCAACCAUCGCUUCUACAAGAUCUAUCACCGUGAUGAGUCUCUCAGCCUAAUACUGGACAGAGAUGACAUCUUUGUGUACGAGUUGAACAGCAGCAGCACUGAGGAACAGGAUGAUAAGGAGGUGCUUCUGGCUGUGUACAUGCGUGAACGCUCCAACUACAGAGACUACGGCUCGGGGGGAAGCAACUACAGCACGUCACUGUUCGGCCACCCGCUGCUGAUGUCUCUGCCUCGUACGCAGUGCAACACAGACGCCCUUUACCAGCUCUUUCUCCAGCGCCUGAUGCGAUACGUGCGUCAGCCAGACCCGACAGAAGAAGUGGAGGAGGAAGAUGAGGAAGAAAACGGUAGCGAAGAGAAUGACGAAGAAGACAAGAUGUACAAAAAUCAGACCAACGGACUGAGUGGAGGUGAGGAUGAGGAAGAGCCCGAGCAGGCAGGGCCAUCCAAGACAGAAGAGCCAUCCCAGCAGAACAGCACGCAAUCCGAAGCGAGCCCCAGCAGCGAAGAGGAGGAGGACGAGGAGGAGACGAACGACGAAGCCGCCGGGGAGAGCAGCACAAAGGAGGGCCAGUCGGCAUGCUGCAGCACGGACAGCAACUCCCAAGUCACGGGAGAGGGCACGCAGGCUGCUGCAGCGCAGACUUCUGGGAAAGAGGACGAGGAUGGAGAAGAAGACGACGGAGAACUUAGUGAGACCGUUGCUCCGGCGAAAAAGACGACGAUGACGACGAGUAGACAGCGUUGUACCGAGAAAAAAAAGAGGCCGAUCUUCACUAUACAGGCCGUGAACUCCAACGGCACCACGGAUCGAGGCAACGGGGACGGAAACGGUGCGCUUUCCUUCAGCAAUCAGCUGUACGUGGCCAUUGACUGGGACCCUGACAUGAAAAAGAAAUACUACAACGACACCGAAGCAGAGAAAUACAUGAAGGACAAGACCAUGGACGUCCCACAGCAGCAGUCCACAGUGCAUCUGCAGGAGUGUAUCGAACUCUUCACCACUAUGGAGACACUCGAGGAGGAGAAUCCAUGGUACUGCCCAACGUGUAAGAAGCACCAGCUUGCCACUAAGAAGUUGGAUCUGUGGUCUCUUCCUGAGGUCCUCAUCAUCCACCUGAAACGCUUCUCCUACACCAAGUACUCCCGCGAGAAGCUGGACACCAUCGUCGACUUCCCUCUCCGAAAGCUGGACUUCUCCGACUGGCUCUUGAGGAAGACGGGGAGCGACUCGGAGCCUCCCAGCAGAUACGACCUCAUCGCUGUGUCUAACCACUACGGCGGGCUCAGAGAUGGACACUAUACCAGCUACGCUCGGAACAAGGACAAUGGCCAGUGGUAUUAUUUUGACGACAGUAAGGUGACCUACGCAAAAGAAGAACAAAUUAUGACCAACGCUGCCUACCUUCUGUUCUACCAGCGCCAAGACAAGAUCCGGCACCCCACCCUCGCACCCCCUGAUAAUCACGUCGCUUCCACCAAUCACGACGGACCGGACAGGGCCAUGGAGACAGACUAAAACAGCUCUGUGUUUGUUUGUUUUUGUUUGCUUGUUUGUGUUUUCUUCCUUUCUUUCUUGCAUUCCAUCCUUCCAUCCAUCCAUCUCCCCCUAAAUUUCUGUUCUGUCCUGCUCUCAGGUUAACAAGGGAAUGUUUUUAAUUAAUUUUUUUUGUUUGUUUGUGUUGUGGGGGGACUUGAACCUUCUGCCUUUUCAAUGUCCAAAACAGGAAGUGAGAGGCAGAGGCUGCUCUCUCAGGCUGGUGCAGAGGCAUCAUGGGUAGAAGACCCGUACAGCAAAGGCUGUAGUCAUUCCUUCACGUGAAGCUGCAGGAACAAGUUCGCCUAGUCGAGACUUCACAAAUGGUGUGCUGAUGUGGGCUUGAGACUCUUUGCGGCCGAGUGUUUGUGAACGUCUGUGAACUUUGCACCACUUGCUGCUUUUUCUGAAUUUCAGAGCACGAUAUGCUGCUUAUUUAUUAUCUUUUUUGUUCCUCAUGUAUGACCUACAUACCUUAUUUGUUCAUAAAUACGUAGAGCUACUUCACUGCCUGUCACGGGUAUAAGAGUUGCACUCUCACUUUAUACCUUUUAGCAAGCAAUAUUCAGAGGUACAAACGUCCUCGUUUUACCUGAUUGUACUAAAACUUCCAUUUUAACAUUACGUUAAAGGAGUACUCCAGACUUUCCAACUUUCAACCUAAAUUCUUAAAUUGAUCCCAUUUGAAGUGUAGGAACGAUUAUUAAGAAACGGUCAUUGCGACACCUCUCGCUGUAAAGCUGUACACCUGAUUUAACACUACGUGACUUGUAAUGGUAGUCUAAGGGCAGCUGUCGAAUUGUAAAAUACGAGACUUGGGAUAGAAACUGCACCCGUUAGCCAAAAGAAUAAAGGCUUUAAGAUGAGACACGUGAGAGGAAAGUCUUAUCGAAGCUGUUCUUACGGAGAUUUGUCCACCUUUAAACGCUGGAGCAACACAGUAGAAAGCUGCUCGGAUAUUUCACAGUUUUUUCCGGAAGGUUCUGUGGUCUCCCAGGUGGAUACUGAGGCACUGCAACCUUUUUACUUUGGGCUACACUGUCUUUAUUUUACAGAUACCUUUUGACAAAAGAAUUCAUAAAAACACUUUACAUAAAAGGGGUUUCUCAUGAGAGUUUAUCGGUGCCACGACGACUGCCCUUAGACUACCAGUACGAGGGAGUUUUGAGUCAACACGUCGUAAACAAUGGAAACAUCUUGAAAUUGUUUGUAGUGAUCACACAUGCAUUACAGAUGCAGUGAGUAGAAAUUAGGUUUAAAAAAGAAAAAAGAAACAAAACCUCUGGAGUAUCUCUUUAAUCUGCGUCUGGGAUAUUAGGAUUCAGUAUUUAGUGGCUUUUGAUUCCUUUCCAGCUAAAAGUUACAAGCGUACUGGAGCUAGAUGGUUUUUAAAGAUACCAGCAUCUCCUUGGAUUCUAAAGCUGUGCUUCAGACUCGGAUGAAAAGCCUCAAGACGUUUAUAUAUAUAUAUAUAUAUAGAUAUAAAGCUAAAAUAAAUGGCUAGCUUCAGACACGUAUCAAGCCUAGUUUUAGAUGGAUUAGGUGUGAAAAGGAUUUAGCAGGAAACUGGAUUUAUUUUAUGACGUCCUUUAAAUUCUGUCCAACCAAAUUUACACGGAGACAUCUCUCUCUCUCUCUCUCUCUUUUUUUUUACAAGCUUAUAGCUUCGAAUUGUAUUUCUGUACCCUCCGUGCUUUUCCCUUGGCUUGGUUUGGGUUGUGCAGGUGGAGAUUAAGUACAUCACACAGGCAUGCUAACAUGGCUGAUAACCUAAGUGAACAAAAGCUACUGGACAAGCCCCAGUUAUCCCUCCAUGACUAAUGACAUUUAGAUUGAAUUAUAGUGUCGGUUCAAACGUUUUAACGGGAAAAAAACAUCCCGAUGCUGGGCUUCAUUUGUGUCUGUGGAGAAAAGCCAGCACUCCGAUCAUACUGAAUAGAUAAUUACUCUUAAUUCCUGUCUACCAAAAAAAAAAACCCCGUCUCUCUAUUUAGAGAGGCUUUGUAAAGAUUUUAGCUUCAGAUUUUAGUCUCUGUUUAGUCUUUGUGCCUUUUUCUUUUUUUCUUCCUCCCCUUGGGUUGAUUUUGCAGAAGAAAUCGCUGCACACAUUCAUGCUAACAUGGCAGGGAACUAGCGUUAUUGUGGUGGAACUGUGUAGCACGCUAAUGUACUCAUUGUGGCUAAUGUUGUCUGAAGUUUUCCUUUAAAUCUGCCCUUCCCUGGGGUAUCACGUAAUUUAGGGUCCGUUUUAAACGUCUUUUAAAUUUUACGUUCGUCUUUGCUUAGGUGCACUGUAUGGGGUAAUAGGAAUUAAUGAUGCAGUCUUUGUAGUGUACUAUAUUUUAAGUAAAGCGCCAUUUGAGAUUAAUUUUCAGUUUAAAAAAAAAAAAAAAAACAGACAGACUGAUGGAUCAUCAGAACUUUGGAUUUUGGGUCAGUUUUUUUUUCUGGGAAACUUGCUUUAAAUGCUUGUUUGUUUGUUUAAAGUUCAACCAAAAACCUAACUUUGUUUCACCUGAACGUUUCUCUCUCUCUCUCUCUCUCUUUUCUCGGUGAUAUCAGGGAUAUAUGUCAGAAACUGUUGCAAUAUAAUUUCUAUAAAUUCGUAAAGUAUUUUAGAUGAAUGUUCGAAAGAAAGAAAAAAAAAAACUUUGCGUCGUCUCACUCGUGAUCUAUUUAUUUAUAACUGCCGAGUGACUGAUUCACGUGGCCGAAGCGUCGAGAUCUUCCGUAACUCGUUAUUCGUUCUCUUCUGUUCUCAUCAUCUUUAAUCGUUUUGGAAUUAAAAAGACGCUCUGUUGCAGGACACAAAGAGAGAUCUAUUUUUCAGCAAGAAUUUGUAUUUUUUUUUUUUUUUUUAAGCACAGACAGAUUUAACAACAAAGCAGGAUAUAUAUAUAUAUAUUGUUGACGUUCCGUCGUUUUGUGUGCACUUUCUAUCCAACUCUGGAUCGACGAGAAUAUUUUUUUUCUUUCUUUUCGUAAAAAGUGCUUUCUGGAUAGAGCUCUUCUUAAUGAUUUUUAAAAGAAAAUUUGCAUCUGUACAGUAUUUUUGUAUUGUAAUAAAUAUCUUUGAUUAUAAAGAUUGAAUGCAGGGGCAGGGUGAACUUUUAUUUUACUCCAAGAGACGGAAUAUAUAAUUGUAUACUAUACAUUUUGAUAUGAAUAAACGAGAACUGUA